GUGAAAAAGCUUGCUCUCUCCCUCUCUCUUCCCAGUUUGUCCAGGAUCCAUGUACAGAGGAGGCUACAGAUCUAGCCUGAAGCUAAGCAUUAGGGAAAAUCUCCAUGGGUCUCAAAAGGAGCAGUUUCUAAUGAGCCACGAGGUCCCCACCCACCAGAGUCCCUCCCCAUGUGCCAGCAACCAGCACCAUGGGCAUUCUGGGAAAACCUCUCACCCAGGCCUUUGCCCUGGGUCCAGAGGCUGUGCCCUAUCUAGGUAGUCACUGAGGACAACUGGAGGCCACACACAGCAGAAGUUCUGUUUUCCAGGUACUGAGGGUCAUAAUCCCUCACUCCAAACACUGACAGCUCCUGAGAUCAAGGGGAAAGCAGCAGCUGAGUGGGAGUUUAGGGAGAGGCAUCCCACACCAGAUUCCGUGGACUGCAGGUGACAUGCUGCCUAAGAGGAGCAGGGGCCUGUGACAGCCACCCCAACAUCUGAAGCCAUGGCCAGUGAGGAAGAUGAGCCCAGGAACUGUGUGGUAUGUGGGGACCGAGCCACAGGCUAUCACUUCCAUGCCCUGACUUGUGAGGGCUGCAAGAGUUUCUUCAGACGAACAGUCAACAAAAAAAUUGAUCUCACCUGCCCCUUUGCUGGAAGCUGUAAGGUCAGCAAGGCCCAGAGGCGCCACUGCCCAGCCUGCAGGUUGCAGAAGUGCCUAGAUGCUGGCAUGAAGAAGGACAUGAUCCUGUCGGCAGAAGCCCUGGCAUUGCGGCGAGCAAAGCAGGCCCAGCGGCGGGCACAGCAAGCACCUACGCAGCUGAGUAAGGAGCAGAAAGAGCUAGUCCAGAUACUCCUGGGAGCCCACAACCGCCACGUGGGCACCAUGUUUGACCAGUUUGUGCAGUUCAGGCCUCCGGCUCAUCUGUUCAUCCAUCACCAACGCUUGCCCACCCUGGUCCCUGGACUGCCUCUCCUCAUACACUUUGCAGACAUCAACACUUUCAUGGUACAGCAAGUCAUCAAGUUCACCAAGGAUCUACCCCUCUUCCGGUCCUUGCCCAUGGAGGACCAGAUCUCCCUUCUCAAGGGAGCAGCUCUAGAAAUCUGUCAGAUUGCACUCAAUACCACUUUCUGUCUCCAAACACAAAACUUUCUCUGUGGGCCUCUUCGCUACACAAUAGAAGAUGGAGCCCAAGUGGGGUUCCAGGAAGAAUAUCUCGAGUUGUUCUUUCGCUUCCACGGGACACUGCGCCGGCUGCAGCUCCAGGAGCCUGAGUAUGUUCUCAUGGCUGCCAUGGCCCUCUUCUCUCCUGGUGAGCAUCCCCCAAAGCCCAGAAGCUUUUGUUCCACCACGUCUGCCCAAACUCUCAGCUCCUUGAAUCCAUCCAUCCCAGGCCUUUUAAUCUUCAAACCUGUGGAAUGGGUCUAUCCCAGCCCCUGGAGCACAGUGCAGGCCCGCCCCCAGUCCCUACCUUGUCCUUCCCCUGCUCCCUAUCUUACAGACCGGCCUGGGGUUACCCAGAGGGAGGAGAUUGGUCAGCUCCAAGAGGAGAUGGCACUCACUCUGUACAGCUACAUCAAAGACCAGCAGCCAAGGCCCCAGGAUCGGUUUCUGUAUGCAAAACUGCUGGGCCUGUUGGCUGAGCUCCGGAGCCUUAACAACGCAUAUGGAUACCAAAUCCAGCACAUCCAGGGACUGUUCGCCAUGAUGCCACUGCUCCAGGAGAUCUUCAGCUGAGGCCCCAGCUCACCUCCUUCCCCAGCCCAUCUGGACACACUGGACUGGAAAGGGGAAAAGGCUGGGACCAGAGGUUGGGACCAGGAGAAAGCCCAGUGGUUGCAAUGAAAGAUUAAAGUAA